UUGCGAAAAAUACGAAAUUGGUUAGUGAAUUUGGCUUACUAUUAAUGAUUUGUUUAUAGUCUAAAUCUGUGAUUACUCACUAAUAUUUCGUUAAGAUGUUACAGUCUUAACGGAUUGUUUAUUUUUGUUGUAAACCUUCGUGUAAACUAAAGAGUUUCGUAGGAAAAUGACAGAUCCUUGGAUGGUACAAAACUCAGGUCAACAGAACAAUUCGGUAGAGAACGGUGCAAAGGAUAACAGCAUUCUACAAGAACCGAGCAAAGAGAAUUCUGAGCUAGCACCCCUUGAAUUUGAAGAUAACUUCGCACCCGCGUCAAACGCACACAUUAGAGAUAAUUUUGAAAACACGGUGUCACCAAGGAGCGGCAAAAAAAAUAGCAACACCAUUGCUUGCGCCGUCGAGCCAUUACCCGAUUCCGAUAAUUACUUGCGUGGACUCGAGCGAAAAUUGCAGAAAAUUAAAAAGGGUGCUAAUUUAGUGGAAGCGCUAGCGGAAAAGCGCAACGACUGUUUACGUCAGCUACUGAAUAAUGGUGAUCCCGAUAAUAACAAUGCUGUCUUAGCUUUGGAUCAGCCCUUAAACAAUCCCGAGUUCUACAGACAUCUUCAACCAGUACAAGCUAUUUCUGUGGGCGAACUGGUGCACAUUGUGAAGUACGAUCAACUGCAACAGGAACCGACACAAGAAAACAACGAUAAGCAAAUAGAUAAAGAUAAGGAAGUUAAAAAAGAGGAAUUCCAAGAAUAG